GUCUGUGACAAGCAGAAAUGUAAACAAUUGAAAGCAGCAGCGGAGUAUAAAGUGCAUAUAAUUUGAUUAUGAAAUGUUUGCACAUAGAUAUUCAGACGUUUUUAACACAAUGUACUCUUAACAGUCCCUCUGAAUAGUCGAUAAAACGUCGCUGACGCCUGAGCUCUCCGUGAAAAGAUGAUAUAUCACGUUCCCUGGAUCUAUACGCCAGUGCGGACCGUUCUGGCAAUUUGGCACCAGCUGACGAAAACUGAGAUCCCGGAGCUGGCCAAGUGCUCGGUGCUGAUGAGGGAACGCAGCAGAGUGGAGGAAACGAUCCACUGCAUGCAGCGAGCAGGUGCAGGAAACUUGCAGGUAAUCUCAGACUUUGACAUGACACUGACCAGAUUCGCUCACAACGGCAAGAGAGUUCCCACCACUCACAACAUCUUGGAUAACCGGCUGCUGAUUAAUGAAGACUGCACUAAAAAGAUGAGGGAGCUGUUAAACACUUAUUAUCCCAUAGAGAUCGAUGCUAGCCGGAGUGCUGAGGAGAAACUUCCUCUCAUGGUUGAGUGGUGGACAAAAGUCCACGAGCUGCUGAUUCAGCAGAAGAUCAGAAAAGACAUGCUGGGCCGGGCUGUGAAGGAAUCCAGCGCCAUGCUCAGGGAAGGGUACAAAGUAUUUUUUGACCAUCUGGCUGAGCACCAGGUCCCUCUGCUGAUCCUCUCCGCUGGGGUCGGUGAUGUCUUGGAGGAGGUGAUUCGACAAAACCACGUCUUCCAUCCAAAUGUCCACAUCAUCUCCAACUACAUGGACUUUGACCACACUGGGGUGCUGCAAGCCUUUAAAGGUCAACUGAUUCACACCUUUAACAAGAGAGAAGGCGCUCUGUCACAUGCAGCUGGCCUCAGAGGGCUGCAGGGUCGACCCAACGUGCUGCUGCUAGGAGACUCACUGGGAGAUCUGACCAUGGCCGACGGGGUCUCUGAGCCCCAGAACGUCCUCACCGUUGGCUUCCUCAACGACCAGGUUGAGGAGAGGAAGGAGUCUUACAUCAACUCUUUUGACAUCGUCCUGGUGAAGGACGAGACGAUGGACGUUCCAAACGCCAUCCUCAGGUACAUUACCUCAUCGAGAUACAACAAGUAAGACGCACCAGAAGGAUCCGGACUUAAUGCCAAAAAUGCACGGAUUACCUCAUUUACUGCAUUCACCCUGUCGCAUGCUGGACAAUCUCACAGCCUCACUGACCUCAUGACUGAAUAUUUGAACAGCAAAUCACACUCUGGACCUGUGUUCACUGUAACGCAGUGCAGAUGUUUAAAAACAUACCGUUCUGGUUUCACAGGCACGGGCUGGGCUUUGAUUCAAACUGUUUUCUAGUGUUGCAUCUAACUGGCCACGUGUUACCUCAGCAUAACUCACAGAGCUGCCAGAACAUUAAAACCACAGACAGGGGAAGUUAAUAACACAGCACUCCCCAUUCUCAGAGCAGGACUAUGCACUCCACGACACACUCCAUUCAAGAAACAAGCCUACAAACACCCAAGAUCCCAAUCCACUGAGGUGCUAACUCCAUAACCCACAGGAUCCAAACCAUCCACUUCAUCGGCACAUCCUUUGGGCAUAUAUUUUGGUGGCUUUAGUGUUGCAGCUGCCCUGCAGGUAAAACAACAACAAAAAAAUCAGUCUGAACCAUCGUCCCGGCGGCCCAUUUUACAAGCUUUCUUUAAAUGGCUGUAACUUUAUUACCGUUUGUGCUAGAGACAAAAUUCAAACUGUUCCAGAAAGUAGAGAAGAUGGAUUUCACUGGGAUAUUUGGUAUAUCGGUAGCACAACACAUUCACAAGGUACUGCUGUCUGAAUGCAGACAGCACUUCACAUUACCGCAAUUCCUCAGUCAUUUUGGGAUACAGAAAAUUGGGAUAUAGAAAAUUCAAAUGAAUUAAUGAAUAAGCUUGUUGAGCUUUCUUAAACACAUCGUGCUCAAAGAUAUGAAAGCAAGCGUUUAUAUUUAAAUGUACUGUAUUUCUUUUUCUUAAAUCCAAAGACAAAAAGGAUUUCCCCUUGAUUUUCUAUCCUUAUUAACUAUCAUAAAGCAAUAAGACCCUGUAAGUCUAAUAAUAACAAAUGCAGUUUUAUGUUGUGAAUCAGUCCU